AUGGCGACGGCCUCGAGGACAGGAGCGACGCGUCUCCACCGCAGCCUCUCGAAGGAGAUCAUGUUCUUUGAGAUCCUCGUUCGCCUCCCCACAAAAUACCUCCUCCGCUGUCGCGCCGUCUGUCGUGCCUGGCGCCGUACCACCUCCAAGCGCCGCUUCCUGCUGGCCCACCAUGCCCGCCAGCCCGCCCUACCAAUCAUCUGCAGCGUCCAACACGGCGACGGCCGCUACCUAAGCAUCCAGGCCUUCGACCACCAGGCCGCCGACGCCCAGAUCCAACCCGUCGCUCGGCUUGAUGAUACCUUCAGCCUGGCGGCCUCCUGCGACGGUCUCCUCAUCCUCUCUCUGGGGGCCAUGUGCAACCACGUUUCCGUCUGUAACACCGUCACGCGUCAGCAUGCUCCCCUCCGGCAGCUGCAGGGUUUUACUGUAAUGACGCUGUACCCACACCGCCCUACGGGCGAGUACCGGAUCUUACUUCACAUGGAGUCGAUUCGUGUACAUAUGCAGCCUAAAAGUAAAAUUGGCUGCUAUGUCUUUGUGUUGGGCUCCGACCAGCCACCGAGGUACAUUGGGGAGCCGGAGGCAUCGUUUGCAUUGUGCAUGGGGAAUCCUUGCCUAGUCCGUGAUAGCUUGCAUUGGUUCCCACCACUACAGCGUGGGAGUGAAAGCAGAGUGAUAUUUGCAUAUGACACCGCAGCUGAGUCAUUCAGACAGAAGGGUGCUCCGGUUGUUCACGCUAACUCAUACAUCUUUGAGGUAGAUGACACGCUUGGCAUCUAUAGCUAUGAUGAUGAUACAGAGAUUGUAGAGAUACUGGUGUUGCAGAACUACGAAAACGAGGUUUGGAAUUACAAGUGCCAGGUCAAAUUGCCGUCUGCAGAAAUUAUGGGGCAGUUAGGAAGUUCGACGUGCUUUUGGAAUGUGAGCGUUGUGUCGCGGGAUGGCGACUUCCUCUUGCAGGUCACUUAUGACCGGUGGUUGUUUUGUGUUGACACUGAAGGCAAACUAGUAGAUAGCUUACAUCUUGAUUGCAAGCACACAUAUGCUUGUAACCUUCAGCUCAAACAAAGUCUUGUUCCGCAUAAUUUCUUCCGGCACUAG